AUGGAGAACAAUUUUGCGAAUGCAGAUGAUCGAACACAUGCACCCUUCGAAAGCCACUCUCAGGUAUCAGAGGCGUGUAGCUCGGAGGGGAAUUGUUCGCUAACUUUGCCACUGCUCUUAGAUGCUAGAGCUUCUGAUGGUCCUCACAACAGAGGUGCCAUUCUGGAGAAAUGGUAUUUCUGGGCUGCCAAACUAACUGUGGCAGUUGCCAUUAUUAAAAACAAACCCCCAGGGUGGACUGGAAGACAACACAGUGAAUACUUAGUCUCCAAGCUCCAUAGUCAAGAUCAGGCAUGGAAGACCAAAGCACAAGGGCUGGAAGAGGAGGUGUUAAGACUUCGACAAGAACUCCUACUCACCAAGAUGAUGUCACAACGUAGUAAUAGCUGUGAGACAGGAGCUGGAGAUGGCCUGUUUAAUCUACUCUCUCAGGAUCUGACUGACAUAUCCAAGGAACCAGAGAGUUAUUCAGAUAGAGAUUCAGGCUAUAGCACAGGAAACAACACAGAGGCACUGCUGCAGACCAAAGACUCCACGGAUUUCUGUUCGCAUCCACGGGCUCCUGUCACUGCCCCUCCUCGUCAGCCUUUGUUUUCUGCCCAGGCUGAGAGAUGUCCUCAGGAACAGGCUUUGCUCAAGCACAUGCAGUUCCUUCAGAACCUGAGUGGUCUGCGUAGGGUGGGCAGUCUGGGUCUCUGCCUAAGUGAGGACGGUUCAGUGGUGUGGGACUCAGUAAAGCAACUUAUUUGCUCUGUAGUGUCAGCCUUCAGGGAUACCCAACUGUUGCGUCAUCCAUCUCUGCUCACCCAGGCCUCACAGCUGGCAUCUGAGGCCCUGGAUAAAAGUGGCGUGUCUCUCCCCAGACCCUCUGCAGACGUUUUGACUCACGUGGAAGAGGCGCUGAAGGAGCUGAUUGAGCUACUGCUCAGUAAUGAUCAGCUCAACCAGUUCCCUGUUCAGGAGACAUUAACAGGCUGUUUGAUUGCCUUGGGUCGUAGUCAUGUUGUGAGGCCCUCAUUGAUUCAUCUCGUGCUCUCCGAGAUCAAACUCCAGGCUGAGCAACUGUGGAAUUCUUCCAAGGAGACCGGUCAAGAGUGGUACCAGUUUGAGUGGACGAGGUAUGAGAAUUCAUUUUACCUGUUCUGGAUCGUUGAACAGCUUGUUCAGAAUGCCAAAAAGGGAGACAUCCUGAAGUAUGGGGAUCUAGUGGACCAACUGGAGCUCCAGGUCCUGCCUUUAUCUGAUGAAUUCCCUCUCUUUGCCCUCUAUUUGUGGAGAAUUGGACACCUGCUCAGACCCGGGGACACUGCCGAUACCUGA